AGUGUCUUUGCAGGUCGUCUUUGGUAUGUCGUCGGAUCGUUCUCGAUGCACAUCUUUGGUUGGACCGCGCCAUUGUUCUUUUCAUCUCCAAGUCGUGAGCGAUCGAGCAAGCAUUCAGUAACCAGCGCCGGUUCAUCGGAUAACUCUGUUGCAGUACUUUUUUAUUGCAUACAUUUUUUUAAACAGGACGGUGAGGAAUCACAAGAGAUCUUCGGGACAGCUUCCAUGCGGUCCAACUGUCAAACCACAAUGAUCACCAGAAGAAGAGGACGUGCCAUGAACAACACAGAGGUGCAGCCUCUGGAGGUUGAAGAGCUGGAUGUGGUGGAAACUGUCAAAGAUAUCAAAAGUCCGUCAGAGGGGAUCCAAGCUGACAAUAGUGACACCACUGGAAUACAGCUAGAUGACCUGUUUGGAAUUGAAGACUUUAAAUGGACACUUGAAAGAGACGCUGUCUCCUCACUCUUCAAUAUUGAGUUGGAUGAUCUCGGUGUAAGCCAGGACCAGGAUUCCGAAAUUGAAGCUUCAACGUCCUCGUCUCCAGAGAGAAUGUCAGAUGACUUGAAGAUUAAGAACAGGCAAAACCUGUCGAGCCACAUGAUCAACAAAAAUGCCAUCGCAGCCAGAUUAAAUCGUCUCAGGAAGAAAGAGUACGUCAACAGCUUGGAGAAGAAAGUUGGCAUCUUGUCAACAGAAAACAACGUCCUCAAACAGGGGAAUUCUCAGCUGACCAAGAGGGUGGAAGAGUUGGAAGACGAGACCAGGUACCUCAGGGCUGUGCUGGCCAAUGAGAGCAUGUUAGCGCAGCUCUUGUCCAGACUGAGCGGUGUAAGUGGGAUGAAAUUAUCUUCCUCGCUUUUCCAGGGGCCUGAAUCGAACGACCACGACUACGCCUUACCCAGGAAGCGUGUGAAAGUGGAGGAGAAAGAGACAGCUGGCGGCGUGUGUCUGCACGUGGACAAGAAUCACGUCUCAGUGGAGUUCUGCACCAAGUGUGCAGAGAGUGCAAGCACAUCACUCAAAAUGUAGGGUCAAGUACUUACCUCUGUUUUCAGAUAUUGACACUGAACUUGAUAUGACUCUGUACUGAACCUCUUGAGGGUGGAUGAACACUUUUGAAUAAGUUAAGAUUACCUAAGAACUACUGUAUGUGCAUGUGUUUUUGUGUAAUGAUGGAUUGAGUACACGUUACUGCUAAACCUUGUUGACAGUUUCUUCUAGGUAAUGGUUGAUCCACCUUGCGGGAUGCGUGGCUUUCUGAACACCUUUACCUACUUGACUCCAUGUGGAUUCUGCUGGUGGAAGGUGACGAGGCUGGACAAGCUGCUGCCAACGUGGCCUGGUAUUUUUUUAAAGGUAGUAUCGGUAACAAAUGGUAUACGUGAUCAUAUUUUACCAAUACUUCACAACAUCUGUAGCUCUUGUCAGCGUAGCUCAUGCAGCAUUUUUGUCGGCUUGACUACAGCUGCUCCAUUACUCAGAGAUGCUAACAGAGGCUUAAUAGUCUCAUAAUUAUGUCUUUUAUUUAUUGACAUAUUGGAAUGUAUUAAUACAUCCAAAAUUACCUGAUUUAAGUGGUGAGGUGCCAGUUUUGUGUAACUAAAUGUAAAUGUGUAUAUACAACUUUGGAUACAUAUUGUUUGAGGCAAAUGGCCUUGAUGUUGGACAAAUAAAUCACAUUUUCAUUAUUGAGUUACAAAUAUUUACUGUGUCUUGUUCUGUACUGUUGAUAUUAAUGCAUCUCUUUUUCUCUUUCUUAAACAGCAAGCUCUCUGACGAUAAUGGUCUUACAUUUCCUGAGCUUUUGGGUCAAGUCUGGUAAAGGUUGUCAAAACAAAUGACAAAGACUUCCUUUGAUGUAAAUGCAAAGCAUUUAGUGUGAGGGGAGCCGCAGGGAUUAAUAAUCCUGUCUGUGUUUUAGCCCAUUUACUUCAAACCACAUAAAACAGCCAUGUCAUUUUUCAAAGUUCUACAUUUUUUUUUUUAUAUCAGACCUUUUUCAUGGCAGAUGUUUUGACAUGUCAUAUUAGUUAGUAAAUAUAAUAAUAGGUGGUGAUGGCCUAGUGGUACGGCUUCCAAAUACAACACCAGAUGGUUGUGAGUUCAAUACCAGGGCUGCUACCAUUGAGCCCCUAAGCAAGGUGCUUAACCCUGAGCUGCUCCAGGGAGACUGUCCCUGUAGUUAGUUCACUGUAAGUCGCUCUGGAUAAGAGCGUCUGAUAAAAGACCUGUAAUGUAAAAGCACAGGUUAAAUUGAUUGGGCAAUACCCAAAUCAAUUCAUAACUAACCGCUCGGUGUGAAGCCCUUCAGUGGACCUCUGCCCGAUGCUGAUGGUGUGCCGCGGUCGAUUUGGUAAAGGCUUGGGGUGAAGGUGGCUCGCUAUGUGAGCUUUACAGCAGACCUCGCCGCUUACCAGGGCUGGGUUUAGUUCUCACUGUGUCCUCUCUCCCUGCUCAACCGGGCGGACGGCUCAGUGCGUCAGGGUCUGCAACCCACCCGACAAGAACACAUGAAACACAGAUCCUGUCUCGUUCACCAUGCUUGCCGGGUGUGACUCCCCAUUCAUAUCAAUAGCCACAAGCACCUGUGGGAGACACUGAAAUAGUUUUUUUUUUUUUUUUUGCAAGCGCUCACUCUGCUAGAACAUAGAAAUAUAAAGUAGCCUAAUGCUCACUGUCUGGAAAAACAACCUUCAUGCGGCAGCCCUAGAAAUUGAUGAUGUUAAUAAUGACGUGGUAAGCUAUUCCAGUCAACACAAUACCAGGAGCUCCCCUAAGUGGAGUGCAGCCAUCAUUGUUAUUGAAUACUCUUCCUACUAUGACAAGUCAAAAUAUUUGCUGUGAAAAAGGUCAAUAAAAAUGAAUAUAGGAAGAUUUUUCUUGGUCAGUGCUUAAACUGCCAAGCCUUGAUAUGUGCGUUUCCACUGCCUCCUCCCAGCAGGGGAUAGACCUGCGGUGGUUCUGCUGGGUAACUGCAGCCAACCUUUAAUAGUCUUACCCCUGACUUUCUAAGUUCAGAUACAUUCCUGCGUUCUGUUCACACUUUCAGAUAGCAGCCUUAUUUUACUGUUGUGUAAAGUUACGUCGGAUGCUGCUUCACAUUAAAAUCCUUUCCCUGGCAAAUCAUUGGAAUGCUUUCUUUGCGAAGAAGUUCUAAGAGAUGCAAUGUGUUGUGUCACCAAUCUUGCUGAGUGGAAAACUGAAUUUAUUAGGUUGUUUGUUUAAUCCAUACAAAUUGUGGGUGGGAGGCAGUGACCUGAGUGCCAGGCGAUCAUGAGAGACUCAGAAGUUACUGCGACCUGAGAAACGUAGUCCAGCACAUAACCUCUCCUAACAAAGAAGAUAUAACACGGUAAUAAGUGAUUAGAUGUGCUGGUUGCCAGAUUGUUAUUCUGGUUCAAUGUCAGACUAGCUGUUUCCAGUCUUUAUGAUAAACUACAGACUGAUGUUUUUGAAGUGGGAUGUAUGAAGAACUUGUACAUACUCAGUGUGUAAGCUGCAGUAGGUGGCGGUCGGCACGCCGGCAGUUUGUAAAAACAGGAGUAACAGCAGGAUGCUAAGUAAUGUACCGCUGUGGACGCAGCAGCAGCAACACUUAUUUUAGACUCCUAAAACAAUCUACAUCAGUUUAAGAGUACACUGUUUUUAGAACAUUUUAAAUCUUCACCUCGCCUAUUACAGGGAACUGAAGCUGUUAUCGAUGCUCUCUUCAACGCCACCAGACUCAAUUUGACAAAAAAUGCAUUUGUAUCGCAGAACUCAGGAGUGCUCGUCGACCGCUGCCUCAGUCGGUCAGGUUGUUUGUUAUAGUGUGACUUUAGUGAAUCUAAACUAACGCCUUUAAACAUCAGAGUAAAACAAUAACUGACGAACUAACCGAUGGAGGCAGCAGAAGACAAGCAACUCCUGCGUUAACUAGAGAAGGUACAAUCACAGUUCUUGUCAAAGGGAAGAGAGAGUGGAUAACUGAUUCGAGUCCCUGUCAGAAAGUAGUUUAAGAUAAGAGAUACACUUACAGUAAUACUGGUGACACUUUACUCGAAGUUCCUUCUAUUUAGCAUCUAUACGCGUUAUAUGAACAUUGAUUAGGGGUUGUAACACAUAAUGUAGUUAUAAGCAGGACAUUUUAAGUUUGUAUUCAUGUGCAGCUUUUGACAUUACAACUGUGUUUUACUGUUGUCAUUGUUUAUAGACCAGCGUCACUCAUGGCUGCCCUCAGGAGGAGUUAUAGUUGACAUGCAUUAAUAAAAACAAAUUGCUUACAAAUAAAUCAUAGAGAAUUAUUAACCAUUUAUGUUUCGAUACUGCUUAUGAAUUCCAAAUAAGGUGACUCAGUAAAGUGUUACGUAAUGGUAUAAAGUUUAAUACUGGCUGUAGAUGUGCACAUGGAAUCAAGAUGGCUGCAUGAUUUGAAGUACUUGGGCUGAAACCUUCUCAAGACAACAGCAGGAUCCUUAAAGGAAGACAGAAUUUCAACAGUCUGAUGUUUUUCCAUGUUGCAGUGUUAUUUCUGUAACUAAAAGUACACAAGUAUUGACAUCGAAAUAUACUUAAAGGGACAGUGUGUAGGAUUGUGCAACUUUCAGGAGCUCCGCCUGGCUCUUCCUAAGAAGAACACUACUUUAGAAGCAAUUAAAUUCAGGCAGCAUGUGUUUAAUAAUGUAUAUUAUAUUAUUGGAUUAUAAUUAUUAAUGUGGCAUAUAAACGUGACAGAAAGAACAUAUUUCUGUCUGUGUACAUAUUACAUAUAUAGUCCUAAUUCUAUUGUCCAUUAACGAUGAACAUGCGGUUACAGUCUGUCUGGCAGACGUGUGGUCCGGGGAGACGGUACCUACUGAAAGAAACGGGGGAAAUAAUAUGUCAUGUUUAUCCAUACAUGCUAAGUAUCUCUGGUGUCUGUAAAGCAGAUCCUUUGAUACUCCAGCCAUCACCAGUGUUGGUGAUUAUAGGUUGUUUUCUUUUAACAAAAACAGACUUCACAGAAAAUAAAUAAGUGUGGGGGACAAUAACCAGGGACAAGUCUUAAAAAUGUGAUUAACAUCUGUAAAUCUGAGUUUGUAAUCUGGUGUUUUAAUGUAGUUCUGCUGUUAGAAGCCGUUUACUUCAAUCCAUCAAGACCUUUCUCUGUUCUUGGAUUCUUCGUUCACCGUGGAGGCGUGCCAGAAAUGUUCUCUGGAACGCAGACUUUAUUAAUGUUAUCAACUCCACCUGUUUCCUAAUGUGUGCUGUGAAAGAAGGUCUACUGGAGAACCAUUACAGGUGUGGAUGCUUUGGCCCACGUUGGGUUAUUUGCUAGAGGUUUUCACUAUAAAAUGUCUUCUUCGUAAAUGAUCAAAUGAUUUUCACAGAUAUUGUACUUUCUUCAGGCUGUCUGAGAUUACAAUUUCAUGAAUAUCUCCGUUACCUGUGGGAAUAAAUGCUGCAUCUCUCGCCAAGUGUCACUUUUCAAGAGGUUUAAAAUGUAAGUAGUCUUGCAUCAUUGUGAACAAACAACACAGGACCACACAGACUUUGUCAAAGUUAUUAUUGUAGAAUACUUUGAUGUAUUUUUUCUUUCAUACAGACAAAAGGUGUUGGACUUAAUUCCCAUUAAAUUCUCUUAGAUUUCCAUACAGAUUUAGUCUACAGUAUACAGGUGUGUUCUUUCUCAUAUAUAGAUAUUUAUUCGCUUAAAUAACAGGCAGGUAACUCUUUAAUAUAUUCAAUAGUCUUUAUGGUUUUUUUCUUUUUUUGGUCUUUUUUCGUUUCAGCACAGUUAAGGCUGCAUUUUCUGUCUGCAGAACAGCACUGCAUUGUGCAAGAAGGGGGACCAUUCCACACACAAUAUUUACAACAGUAUGUAUAAUGAAUAAUGUAAAACGUUAAUUUCUUCCCAUCUUAACAUGGCAGUAAAUACUUGUCGCAGAUCUAAAAGAGCAGCCUAAACAAUGCGCUGAUGCAUUGCACUUCUGCAGUCUUUAGCUCGGCAUCACCCUCCAGUUCUCCAUCCUCCCUGGGUCUCCACUUUGUCCAGUCCUUUAGAUCAUAAUGAGGUACAUUUGUAUCUCCUGUUCUCUAUUUACAGAGUGGUGUCUCUGGUCUUAAGAGACGAGAAGCAUCUCCACACCUCUGCACACUUCAGGGGCUGUUCAGUGGACAGAAAACACAGCCCUCAGAAUAUGCUCAGGAGAAUGUGCAACUGUUGUUUUCCAUCAGUGGGAGCA